AUGAUGAGCCGCGCCGACGGUCUGGUGCAAAGGCGCAACGUCAACAGGGACAGCGCGGACGGCGUUUCCAAGGAGAACGGCCAGUCGGCGGCCGACAAACUCGACUACGAGGAAGACAUCGACGACGGUGACUCUAAAGAGACGCGGCUCACGUUAAUGGAAGAAGUGCUCCUGCUUGGUCUCAAAGACAAAGAGGGGUAUACAUCGUUUUGGAAUGAUUCAAUUUCAUCUGGCUUACGUGGAUGUAUACUUGUUGAACUCGCACUUCGUCAAAGAAUUGAACUAGAAAAAGCUGGUAUGCGAAGAAAAAGCCUACAAAUGAGGAAAGUAAUUAUAAAAAAUGAGACGCCUACAGGUGAUGUUUUGUUAGAUGAAGCUCUCAAACAUAUCAAAGAGACCAAUCCUCCUGAAACAAUACAAAGUUGGAUUGAAUAUUUGAGUGGUGAAACGUGGAAUCCUUUGAAAAUCAAAUAUCAACUGAAAAAUGUUAGAGAACGAUUAGCAAAAAACUUAGUAGAAAAAGGUGUUCUCACCACUGAAAAACAAAACUUCCUUUUAUUUGAUAUGACUACGCAUCCAUUAACAGAUAAUGAAGCUAAGGUUAGGCUAGUUAAAAAGGUGCAAGAUGCUGUUUUGUCUCGGUGGAUUAAUGAUCCACAUAGAAUGGAUAAACGACUGUUGGCUUUAUUAUUGUUGGCUCAAGCAUCAGAUGUACUGGAAAGUGCAUUUUCUCCACUAAAUGAUGAAGAUUAUGAAUUAGCCACUAGAAGAUUACGAGAAUUAUCAGACAUGGAUUUAGAAGUUGAGUCAAUGAAAGGUUCUACUAAUGACGUAAUUUGGGCUGUAUUUGCGAAUUUCAAUAAAUAA